AUGGCUGACAAGACGGCGUUUGAUUCUCGCCCAAACCAGAUCUCCAACGGUGUGCAAGGAUCUGAUAAUUCUGUUCUACUUUCACCACAGUGGCUUCUGCCCAAGGCCGGGGAGAAUAAGACUGGACUAGUGAUGGGGGAGAACCAUUUUAGUCUUUCUGCUGGUUAUGCCAGUCGUUCAGAUGUCAUGAAAUCACUAGGAACUGGUGAGGAUAUGCAUGAUACCCAGAAGAAAAAGGAUGUCUUCAGGCCGUCCAUGUUUGAUAUGGACUCUGGUCAUGGUGACCGCUGGCGUGAUGAAGAACGCAACACCAAUUCCUCCAUCCGCAAGGGCCGUUGGAGGGAGGGAGGAGGUAGAGAGCUUGGAGACAACCGCAAGAUGGAUCGAUGGACAGACUCUUCCGAAAGACAUUUUGGAGAAGCACGCCGUGCUCCAUUGGAGCGGUGGACUGAUUCAAGUAACCGAGAAAGCAUUUUUGACCAGCGUCGGGAGAGCAAAUGGAACACACGAUGGGGACCUGAUGAUAAGGAGACAGAGAGUUUGCGUGAGACGUUGACAGACUCUAAUAAAGAUACUGACAUGCCUCUUGGUAAAGAGUUGGUUCAUCUCAGUCAUCGUGGAAAGGAUGGGAGGGAGGGUGACAAUCAUCGACCCUGGAGAUCUAACACCACUUAUAGCCGAGGAAAGGUUGAACCUCCUCAUCACCAAACUUUUACGCCAAGCAAACAGAUUCCUACAUUUGUCCAAGGUUCGGGGCAUGGGGAAAAUGCUCUUCCAACCUUUUCUCUUAGUCAAGGUAGGGUUAGCUUUGGAGGAAGUUCUGUGAACAAUACAGUUCACUCACAGUCGUUGGGAUCUUUCUCAGAAGUUGGUGAAAAUGGCCAUGGAGAGCCUUCGCCUUUGAGAUACAGCAGGACAAAAUUGCUCGAUGUAUACAGGAUGACUAACAUGGAAUCAUGUGGAAAAUUAUUGGAUGGGGUUGUAGAGGUCUCUUCCUUUACACAGGAAGAAUCAUUAGAACCUCUGGCGUUUUGUGCACCUACUUCUGAGGAAUUGGUUAUACUGAAAGGAAUUGAUAGCGGAGAUAUAGUGAGUAGUGGUGCACCGCAGGUCAUUAAAGAUGGAUCUGUUGGACGCAACUCCACUGAUUUCGUCCAGUUGAGACAAAACAAACUUGGCAGUAGAGAAGAUUUUCCGCUUGCUGUUAGCGAUUGUAAUGAUGAAACUAUGGAAGAUUCAAAACAUGGUUAUUCAAAUUAUUCUGAAGGCUGGUCAAGUGAGAAGCAGCUUUAUUCCAAUGGCCGAAAUGCUAAAAUUGAAACUAUGCAGGAUCAUCAGAAGUUUUCUGAUUACAAACUAAAUGCUGAAGCUCCGAGAGAAGAGGGUGCUUAUAGGAGGAAUGAUGAGGUGCCCCUCAAUAGGGAGUCAAGUAUGCUGGGAAAUUCCUCUCUCCAUGCUGGUGCCACUAGGCGAUCCACAUCAAUGGGAGAACAUAACUCCUAUGAUUGGCGAGAUAUUCCUAAUGAUCUCAGGUCAAGAACCUCGGACAUUGGUUGGUCACCGAGCAAUGAAUGGGAAGGUAGCUUGACUGAUUUAUCUUACAACAAAGAUGGACCUAAGUGGCAAAUCAGUGAUGAUCCAGUAAUUAGAAGGCAAUCAUCGGCGGUCUUGGACAGGGAACCAGACAGCCGAAAACUUUUGCAGCCUUCUCCUGAAGAGCUACUUCUUUAUUAUAAAGAUCCACAUGGUGAAGUUCAAGGGCCUUUUGCUGGGAUUGAUAUUAUUGGGUGGUUUGAGGCUGGAUACUUUGGCAUAGACUUGCAAGUACGCCUAGCAAACACACCACAUGACUCACCAUUUUCAUCGCUCGGUGAUGUUAUGCCCCACUUACGGGCAAAAGCUCGACCACCACCUGGUUUUGGUGCACCUAAACACAACGAAAUUACAAAUGCAACAAGUGGGUUGAACACCAGCAUUGGUAAGCUUAAUAUUGGUUCAAGUGGGAGUGACGUGCUAAAGAAUGAACCAAGGUAUAGACAGAGUUCAACAAAGGAGGCUGAGAACAGGUUCCUGGAGUCUUUGAUGUCUGCUAAUCUGGGCAGCGAACCUUUUGGCAAGUUUGCUCUGUCUGAAGGUAUGCAGGGAUAUUUGGGAAAUAAUGGUAGUAUUAUACCUCCUUUGGGAACCGAAAGUGGCGAUAACCUAUACCUUUUAGCCAAUAGGAUGACACUUGAGAGGCAGAGAUCGCUGCCGAAUCCCUAUCCUUAUUGGCCAGGAAAGGAUGCAGCCUCUGUCCCAGAGUCAGAGAUUAUCCGUGACUCUUCAAUGCCACAUCCAAGACUUUCUUUGUCUAUUGCUGAGCAUCCUCUUUGUCAGAACACGGACUUGAUGUCCAUCAUUCAAGGCUUCCCUGAUAGGUCUACAUCUGGUGGCAAUAAAGAAGUUGAUGGUUGGUCAAAUUUCUCAGUCCAAGGUGGGCUGGAGCCGCUUAAGGAAAAGGUGGACAUUCAUCAUGGGCAGCGUUUACCUCCGCAAACUGCAUAUGGGAUCCAACAACAGAGGCUACAACCACAGAAUCAGCCCUCUUUACCAAAUUUACUAGCUCAAGCUAUUGACAAUUCUUCUGGCACAUUAACCCUUGAAAAGCCACUUUCUUCUGGUCUUUUGCAAGAUCCACAAUUAUUUAGUUUGCUGCAAAAACAAUACUUGAUGCAGUUACAUUCCCAGGCCCCAGUUCCAUCACAGCAGCUGUCACCACUGGACAAGCUCUUGUUGCUUAAGCAACAACAGAAGCAGGAGGAAGAGCAGCAGUUAUUGCGGCAGCAGCAGCAAUUACUUUCUCAGGUGCUUUCGGAGCAUACUUCUCAUCAACGUUUUGGUGAUCCAUCUUAUGGAGAGUUACAGGCUGCUGGUUUGUCAAAAGAGAAUGUAUCUAUUGACCAUCCUAGGUUUCAGCAGUCCCAUGAGUUGUUUCAGAUUGGUUCAGAGACUCCAGGUCCAAAUAUGCAAGAUGAACGUAGUACUGUUAAAUUGUCGCCAAGUGUUCCCCAGUAUGUCAGCCAUAAUGUUUCCGAAAUCUCUUCCAUUGAUUUGCCUCCUCAAAUGUUUGGUAAUAUUAUCCAUCAGAAAAGUUUGGGUGACGGUCUGUCUGCGCAAAUCGAUGAGACUCUGCAGAAGGGUUCACUAUUGGCAUCAGCUGAGAUGGACGCCUUUCUCCAGUCACAGGUGGUGGACAAAUUUCAACAGGCACAGGUAUCACAGAACAAUUUGAGGACUGUUGAGCCAGUGAUGGCUACCACCUCCGAGGCUUCUGCAAAUUUUUCAUCUUUGGAGUACCUGGGAAAAACAGUUGCUGUGCCAUCCAUGGGAACUAGUGAGAAUCAGGUUUUGAUGCCUGAGCAGCAGGUAAAUGAUUUGAAGGUCCCACCAGCUAAAGUGGUUGUGGAACCACAAGUUGAACAAGACCAUUGCGUCGAUGAACCCUCUGUGGUGAAGGAAGUAAAAACUGUUGAAACACCUGAGGUAAGGAAAGCUUCUGAAAAGAAGUCCAAAAAGCAGAAGUCUUCUAAGGCACAAGACCAGGAGGCAAAAGGAGCAUCUAAAAUGAAGCAGUCAAAUCAAUCUGAAACUGAAGGCACACAUCUUGCACAAACAAAAUCAGAGGCAGACACUGCUCCAGGAGAUAUAUUUUAUGGAGCAGCUCAGCUAGAAACAAGAAAGACCAAUGUGGAUUCUGAAGGAGGGAAAGGCUCUUUGUCUGCACAAGUAGUCAGAGAUGAAGUGGGGACUAAGAGUGACUCAGGACAGGCUGGAUAUGUCUCACAACGUGGUAUGCAAGUGCAACGAGCUUGGAAGCCUGCUCCUGGUUUCAAGCCAAUGUCACUGCUGGAAAUUCAACAGGAAGAGCAGAGAAUGUCACAAACACAAAUGACAGUUUCUGAGUUCUCGACGUCUCUUGGCUCCAUGGGUCUUUCUUCUCCAUGGUCUGGGGUGGUUGCCGAUUCUGAUCAAGGUAAACCUGAGAGUCCUCUGAAUCAAAAGAGCAAGAAGAGCCAAUUACAUGAUCUAUUGGCAGAAGAAACUUCGGUGAAGUCUAGCGAAAGAGAGAGAGAGGCUCUUGAGAGUUUUUCUAGUCUGCCUCCCCUACCAGUUACCAGCUUAGUAUCUGAUUCCAUUGAUGACAACUUUAUUGAGGCCAAAGAUACUAAAAGGAAUCGUAAAAAGUCUGCAAAAGCUAAGGGUGUGGGAUCCAAGGUCUCGAUGCCCAUUAUUUCAGCUGUUGUGUCUCUUGGAUCAAGUCCAAAUGAGAAAGGCAAAACUUCUCGUCAGGUACAGCAGGAGCAUGAAGAAUUAGCUGCAGUCCCAUCUUCCCCUUCUUUAGGAGAUUUUGUUGUUUGGAAGGGGGAGUUGUCAAACCCUUCCCCUGCUCCAGCAUGGUUGACCGACUCUGGGAAGCUUCCAAAACCCACAUCAUUGAGGGACAUCUUAAAGGAACAGCAAAAAAAGAUUUCUUCAAGCCAACAUCAAAUUCCGGUGCCAAGCCCUCAGAAGUCUCUGCCCACCCAGUCUUCCCGUGGAAGUGGUCCUUCAUGGUCUGGAUCGUCUCCAGCUACAGCUGCAUCCUCUAACCAGUUUAUUUCCCAAGUUGCAUCUCAGUCAAAAAAUAGAGUAGAUGAUGAUUUAUUCUGGGGCCCAUUAGAUCAACCAAAGCAACAAGCAAAGCAGUCAGAUUUUCCCCAGCUUGUUAACCAGGGCAGUUGGGGAACCAAAAACAGUCCUGCAAAGGGGAUUCCUGGACAGUCAUUGAGCCGGCAGAAGUCUGUGGGUGGCAGACCAGUUGAGUGUUCCCUUUCCUCGUCACCUGCCUCUGUUCAUUCGUCUCUAAAAGGGAAAAAGGAUGCCCUGACUAAACAUUCAGAAGCUAUGGACUUCAGAGAUUGGUGUGAGAGUGAGUGCAUCAGGCUUAUUGGGACAAAAGAUACAAGUUUCCUGGACUUUUGUUCAAAGCAAUCCAGAUCGGAGGCUGAGGUGCUUCUAACAGAGAACCUUGGCUUGUUCGAUCCUGAUCACGAGUUCAUUGACAAGUUCCUAAGCUACAAAGACUUUCUACCUGAUGAUGUCCUUGAAAUUGCCUUCCAGAGUCGGAAUGAUAGCAAAGUCAAUGGAUUGGGUUCCGGAGAUGUGACGUAUGACAAUGUUGAUGUUGGGGGAUCUGACCAAGGCAAUGCAACUGUUCCUGAUGGGUCCACAAAAGGAGGUGGCAAGAAGAAGGGGAAGAAAGGAAAAAAGGUUAGUUCUUCGGUUUUGGGGUUUAAUGUCGUCAGCAACCGGAUCAUGAUGGGAGAGAUUCAGGCUCUUGAAGAUUAGGUAGGGUCUAAUGUAGUUGUAAAUAUAUUUUCUGAAGUAACUCUCUGUAAAUGCCGUUUUACGUCUAGGAUUUUUGUUCAUUUACAGAGCCACAGCAGCAGUGCUUUUAAUCUGCUCAAGCAAUUUUGUGAAGUAAUGCUUUUAAGUUUUAACAUUGGUAGUCCUUGUUACUUUGAUUGUGAAAAACCGGGAAGGGAUUGAUCCCAAAUCGAACUUAUUUGUCAUGUGUUAACUAAUUGUUUGAUCUGCUCACUUUGAUUGGAACGAGGUGUAUCUCCUUGUAUUCUUUAAUUAACGGUUG